AUGUAGUUAACGUUGUAUUUAGGUAUGGUAUAGAAUAGGUAGUGUAGUCUAGUCUAGUUUGAUUGUAGCGUUCAUUUCUCGCUUAUCGUGCGCUAUGGCCGUAGCAAAAUAUUAAACGAAGUAUUUAUUUCGAUAUAAAUUAUGACACACAAACAGACGUGUUUACUCCUUCUAGUGCUCAGAUAUGAUUCACCAAAAAUAAUCAAAAUGUAAAGCCCAUAUUACUUUAAGUGUGUCUGGUAAGGGUGAAUGGGAUUUUGAAUCUCAUAGUGUAUAUCUUUGCGGUUUAUGAGUUAAUCUCAAGUCGUUUGGUUAGUCGUAUAAACAAGAACUAUGCAACAAUGUGGGUUUUGCUCAAUGUUGUCUGGACUGUUACGGAGAGCUAUGUGCAUCGGCAGCAGACGAGGUAGCAGCGAGUCCUACUACAGGGAACUCGGCGAUCAAGACACAUUGAAAAUUGAAGACAAAUCGUCGGAUAUAUCAGAUGAAUCCGAAGAGAUAAUUCAAGAAAUCCCGCAAAGACUAAACUCAAAGGACUAUUCGGAAGAGCUUGAAAACAUGCCCAAAAAACAUGUUAAUACGGGGAGAUUUCUGACAAUGCACAAACGACGCAAGAAAAGACUUUUGACCAGGUCUUUAUGUCAUGAAGUAGCUUUGCUAGAUGAUUUACACCCCGGACAAGUUCAGCGCAUUCUCGAGCAGUCGGUGCUGUGGCAGUUCAACGCUUUUACGCUAGAAAACGUGUCGGGGGGUCGUUGUCUGCCAGUACUCUGUGUUCAUCUAUUCCACAUAUAUGGCCUGAUAUCAUAUUUCAAGCUCGACGCAGCGAAGGCGUGGAAGUUAUUCAGCUUAAUCGAAGAAGGCUACCACAGUACAAACCCUUACCACAAUUCGGUACACGCCGCUGAUGUCACGCAGGCCAUGCAUUGCUUUCUACAACAGAAACAAAUCCGAGAUUACCUGGAGCCACUGGAAGUGAUGGCGUCCCUGCUGGCAGCGAUCGCGCACGACAUGGACCACCCGGGAGUCAACCAGCCCUUUCUUAUAGCCACUUCCAAUCAUCUUGCCACCUUGUAUAAAAACACAUCCGUUUUGGAAAAUCACCACUGGAGGUCUGCCGUAAGUUGCCUGAACGAGAGCGGACUGCUGGACCAGACGUGCGACAUACGGGCCGCGCUGGAGCGGCAGAUCAGCUCGCUCAUCCUCGCCACGGACAUCACGCGCCAGCAAGAAUACCUCAGCCAGUUCAAGGGCUACCUCGACACGAACAGCCUGGACAUGUCUCUGAAGGAGCACCGGCACCUCGUGCUGCAGAUCGCGCUCAAGUGCGCGGACAUCUCCAACCCGUGCCGGCCGUGGCACAUCAGCCGCAAGUGGAGCCACAAGGUGUGCGAGGAGUUCUUCCGCCAGGGCGACUACGAACGCAAGCUCAACCUGCCCGUCACGGCGCUGUGCGACCGGCACACCACCUCUAUACCCAAGAUACAAACAGGUUUUUUCAAAUUCGUUGUGACUCCUCUUAUAACCGAAUGGCACCGCUUCUUGAAAAACGAUCUGUCGGAUGAGAUGUUGAAGAAUUUACUGUACAACCAAACCAAGUGGGACAUGCUGGUGGCGCAAGAGCUAGCGGAGGAGACCGGCACGGAGAUGUCGGACGCGGACGCCGCCGACGACGACCUCGACACCUGCUCGGGCACCAACCUGUCCGCUAGCUCCGAGCUGCUGCUGCCGCUGCGCCGCAGCUCGCUCAACCCCGCCAAGUCACAGGGACUGAAGGAACAACUCAGGCGGUUCUCUGUACCGUUGAAUGUAUUCCAAGACUCGAAAUUCAAAAGCAGAGACAAAAGUCGAACACCUUCACUGGCCGAAUCUCGAAUGCGCACCAACGGUAGUCCAUUGAGUAGUGAACAUUCUCUCCAUUCGCAACUUAGCGUUCGUGGACAUUGCGAGCACGGCAAGCAAGCUGAAAAGAUGCUGAGCACUGAGAAACUACUUCCGGACUCGUCGAUAGCUUCUAUCACCACUCCGGUACAAGCGACCCGUCUGAAUAUCGUUCUGAAAGACGGUGGCAGUUGCAAGCUGAUCCGGCAACAGACGUUCCCGCCGCUCGAGACCGUGGCGCACGCGCACGCGCUCGCCGCCCGGCCGCUCCACACGAGCAACGAGGACACCAUCUACCCGUCCCGGUACAUGAAGACUGACUUCAGCCAAAAGUUCGACACGAGUAGAAAGGAGAGCAGAUUUAGCAAUAUAUUCAAAAGAUAUGAUACUGAUAAGACUGAUAACGAUGACGCUUCUGAAAAUAAUAACUUAGACACUACGGAUUGUUCACGUAAUAUAGAGAAAGAGAAUCGGGACCCGUCACUCCGCAGCUCGAGCGGCACGCGCGGCAGCCAGUUGCGGGACAACCUGGCCGGCGUGCCGCUGGCGCGCGCCGCCGACCAGCUGGCGCGCCGCCGCAAGUCCAUGCCCACCGACAUCAUCACAUACACUCCGAAAGAGAAAAAGAUGCGCGAAGUGACCACGAUCCCAGAAUUUUUGAAGAAAACCCUAGCCGGCAAGGAUUGUUGGACGCGGCGGCGGGGGUCGGCGCCGGUGCCGGUGGCCUCGUCGGAGCUGCGCGGGCUGGCCGCGCUGGGCGCGCUGCGGCACAGCAUCAACGGCGGCCGCCGCAAGCCCGGCCCCGUCGGCACGUGCCAGCAGUGGCUCGCCAAGGCCACGCUCGACAGGAAGAUACCGAAUCUACCGCGGAGGAGUUCACUGCCCGUUGAGAUGUUUCGCCCUACUGAAGCUUUGUAACCAUCGGAAUCUAAAUGAAAAAAGUGUGAUUGGUUUAUGCUGAGAAUAUUGAUAUGUAAGACUUUACCUUUUUAAUGUUCGUCUCUUCAAAAAGACACUGUUUUCUGUAACUGCAUUAGGAUUGGUAUUAAAAGAAUAUACCACUUUACUUUGGAUUUGCAACCGUGCGAAUGAAAUGGUUAGAUAUACAAUUAUGGGAUCGAAUGGGUUUUUAUAUGCAUCGUAUACUUCUUAUAUUACGAUGUCUUUUAAUAUAGCCUCGUUGCGUAUGUUUUAAACAGUGUAUUGUUCGGUAUGACCAUAUGUUGCCAGUUUUUAGACGCAACAUCAACAUCACAAUGUUUUACAAUACUGUAGUUAUAUAUUUUACGUAUUCAAUGCGUUUAAAUAUAUUUUAAACUGGGAUUAAUACCUAAAUCUAUUUGUUUGUUAUUUGGAGUCUGAAACUUAAAGAGGCAGCAAUCACUAUGUUCGGGAAAGUAAUAGUGUACGAGUAUGUACUUUAUGGUCAUAAUUACGUUUAUUUGCUAACCUGCAUUUGAACCCAUUUUAUCAAGUGAAUGUAUACUAUGACAAUAUUAUCUGUAUAUUGUUCUGAAAUCUAAGCUUUUUUUAGUUUCAGACUGCCUCAUACUUGAUAAUGCAAUAUUUGACUAAAUACUGCCACAAUGUGCUUAGACCUAAAGUAAUCGUAAAGGGGGUGUUAACACUAAACGGAUUGUUGUGAUCAUCAACAAAGUAAAUAAAUAAGUACAUAAGAGUCCACCUACAUUUACUAGAUAUAGAGGUUGCAGUGAAUUAACGCUCCGUUUGUCGGCCGGAUGCAAUGGAGCGUUGAUUGCAUCAAUUUUCUAGUAGCGAGUCGAAUGGUUGUAUUGUGCCGCUUUGAUUGCAUUGUCUCAAAUAUCUAUAGUAUAUAUGGUAUCUGUCUCAAAUAAAGCAUCCCGAAAGGAAUCGAGUGCUACAAAAUAGACGUCCUAUAAUUCGUUUGGCCAUUACAUGCCAUUACAUACUAGUUUGUCGCUCGUGAUUAAACGGCUUGCCGUUAGUCUAGAUUUUUAGUGUCACUAUUGUAGCACUGGUAUUUUUAAUUAUUAUUUGGUUUAUAAUUAUUAUUUUUUUAUUUCCUUUUUUAUUAUUAUGAAAUGUCAAGACAUCAAAAAAUAUCUACCAUAGGUACUUGAUUGAUUCUGCGGUACAAAACUGUUUAAUGUAAUUUUUGUUUUAAUUUAAUUGACUUGUAUUAAUUUUAUUUAUCAGCUUUUAAAGUUUAUUUUAAUUGUGGUGUUGCCAGGAUUUGUAGGUAUUGUUAUAUUUUUGCGUCGUUAAAUGAUUAUUCUUAACGAAGUGUAAGAAGUUAUUAUAAUAGAUUGUAGAAUAAUCUUACGUUAUAAUAGUAUUUGUAGGUUUGUAUUGAAAUUGUAAUGAUUACUUUGUAACUUGUUACAUUGGUCGUUUGGCAACAUCAGAAGUCACUAGUUUUUUUUAACACCUUAGUACAAAUUAUUUCUAUAAAUUUUCAUCACAAUGAAUUUUAUUCUUUUUUUAAUUGUAUCUGUAAGAUGUACAUAUUAAUGUUAUUUAUUUGCCAUAUUUUUUGUCUCAACAUUAUACAAUUUCACGAACAUUAACUGUUCAGUAUUAAGUUCACAAUUAGGUACUCUAAUUUAAGUAUAUUGUGUUAUGUUUUCUCAGUGUAUGUUGUUUUUAAAGUAACAUCACAAUAAUUUGUUAAGAUUAUAUACCAAAAAGGAGGACGAAACAUUUCGCGCUUGGUUAUGCGCUCUAAAAUCUGUAAUGCUAUUAAGUUCAAGAGAAGGAAGAGUCUCAUAAUCAAUAACUUUAUACUAUAUUGAAGUGGAAGUCAUAGAUAUAAGUACUAAUUCUUAAGAUAAAAUAAUUUAGGUGCUCCUAUUGGGCGUACAGUGUACUAUGGUACAGCUGAAGUAGAUAAACGAACCAGGAAUUGUACCAACCAUAAUUUGUGCAGGAUCUUAUUUCUUCAACAAAAUUGUACAUUAUGUUAUGAUUUUUAUUUCUGGUCCGUUUAUCUACUGUUGCCACUGACAGUUCAAUAUCUUUUGAUUAAGAUUGUUAGACAACCUCAGUAUUAGUUACAAUUACGAUACCUAGAUGAUGGCUACAUUCAAAAUUAUAUUGACGAGUCUUGUGGUGUGCUAUGAAAGUUUAAAGGUGUUUCAGCAAGACCGGUAAAAACAAAUCACCGUAUGAGCUCUACAUAUUAUUAUUUGUAUUUUAAGUUUCAUUUGAUUAACUAGUCCAAACAGAAGUGUAAAAUAAGCGUUCAAAACAGUGUUAGACUUCUUACUGCAAGCCUGUCAUGAACGAAUGUUUAACGUUACAAAACAGAUUGAUCCUCAUUCAUAAGUCUCAAUCAUUUUUUACAUAAAAUAGACAUUGAUUGUAUUUUACAAAAAAUGUUCCAAAAUAACUAGACAAACAUAAGAGUUAACACAUUGCGAUUUAAAUUUGACGUAGAUAUAUAUUAUCGUCAGGUGACAACCAAAUCUAUCACACGUUGCCAUAAUUAACUAAGCUAGUACCAAAUUCAAAUUCAUAACCAAAAGGUUCAUUAUUGUUUUAUGUCUCUUACUUUUAGGGAAUAUUGGCAACCUGAUGAGUUAUAUAUAGUUUUUCUCAACUCGGGAGACGCGGCCACAACACCUUUACGCCAUUUAAGUGCACGUCGUAGCUACAGUCAGUGGCACGGGGUAUAUUUAAAUACGUAUCGCAUAGCUUCCGACAUAUAACAAAAUAAACGAAAAAUUAGACCUUUGGACCUCCUCUGGAUCACGGGCUGCAGCCAGGGACUUGAUGAUGUUCACCUCCUAACUAGUUCAAACACACUGACGAAAUUAGUUGAGUUCCAAGCAUUUCCUUUUCCUAUACUUUUUCGAUGCCUGCACUACAGGCAAUCGCUUACGUCCUAUUCCCCUCUCCUUACAUAAAAAAAUAAUCAAUAUUAUUACGUGUUCAAGAACUAAAAGUCGCGUUCUUAAAAGGUAGGUAUCCCUAAAUUGUUCAGUGAUAAAUUCAUUAUAUUUUUUUCUGUCUUUUAGGGAAUAAUUAGAAAUAAUUAUUUGAUAGCUUAUAAUUUGCUGGCAUAUCUUUUUUAUAAAGUAGGUGUAUCAAUAUAAUUUAGAGGGUACGUAAUAAUACUAUAAGGCGUUGUUGUAAGAGACUUUCACGCCAUAAGUUAGAUCAAUACGAAAACAUAGUGCUCAAAGAAAUUACCCUUAACCUUAAGAAGAAAGUAGGCGAACGAUUUUCAUAUAUAAACUUAGUCUCCAUUUCACAUUUGGAGUAUCCAAAUCUGGAAAAUAAUUAAAUAAAAUUUGAUAGAUAUACAUAUUUAGGCGCGCAAAAAAUACCUACGACGGAUAGGUAUCGUUAGAAACUAUAGUUUAAACAGCGAUUUGCACGUGGGCUCGUUAUACCAGUAGUGCCUAGAACUCGACCACGUACAAAUUUUACUUUGGUUUUCAAAACAUUUUUUUAAGUAAUUUUUGGGGGUUUGUCGUAUCAUUUCCUUCCUUUUCGUCUUUGGAACCUUAAUCAUAAAAGUUCUGGAGAUACGCAAUGAUGCAACUGGCCCUUUAAAAAAACCCUAAAAACGAUAAGACUGUCACUAUUGCAUAGAAAAACGGUCGUCCACUUUCUUCUCGAUGAGUGGUCCAAAAUGCUCAGUCGUUCAGAGAACGUCGACUGAUGAAAUGUGGUACAAGGUACGAUACAGAAUACAGAAUGCACUGCUUAUUUUCUGUCUAAUAGCACCACAACUGUAAGCACAAUCAAUGAAAAAAAAAUGCAAAAAUCGUCAAUAGUAUAUUGUUAACCAAGGGUAGAAAAGCACUCAUUUCAGUCGAGGUAGUUUUUUUACACUCUACUUUUCAUUACAAAUAGUAUUAGAACCCGAAUUAUAAUGGCUUACUUACCCAACAUAAUAAAAUUACGAGUAAACGCCGUGGAGGGUCGAGAGUAACUUUCAUUUCAUACUCGUACCACAACAAUUAUAAACAAUGAGACAAUGACACACUUUCAUUUCAAAUUAUAUUUGGUUACUUUUUACGUCAAAGUUGCGCUCUGUAUGAUUACGGGCACGAUUCAGUUUCUAGCCAGGAGUAAAUAGAUUUUUUAUCUAGUAUUUUAAACAUAUUAUAUAUGACAGCAGCGUAUUAUGUAAACAAAUGAAUUCUUGUAGCAAAUAUGAACAGUAGUCGUCGUCGUAGGUGUUAUAGUCACCUUGUAUCACUUCGUGACCUAUUUAUAAUAUUUCUAAGUAUAUCUAUAUGUAUUCAAACUUGUAUACAUCUAUUAUACUUGUUCUUACAGCUCCUUCAUGUUUGAAAUGUGGGCCAUUUGUAAUUCGAAAAUGUAAAUUAUUUGCAUCUAAUCACUAGUGCUCGAAAAUAUGUGAACACACACUAGUUUCUCUUGAUGGUUUAUCUUUAUUGCGGUGUACCUGACAGACUAAAAAAGUUUUUUAUUUACAUAGAAUCACAUACAUAUAUCCCUUCUCUUGAAAAUUGUUUUUGUUUUACAAUUGCGAUCUUGCACAUAAUAAUAUUCAAGAAUUCUGUUCUUGUGAAAGUUAAAUUUAGAUUAAUAGUAACCAUAAUAAACACCUAUCUCAAGUUAUAUGUACCAAUGAGAAGAUGUUCAAGUGACAAAAUAUUAUUCAGUAUGACAGUAAAAAUAUUAAGAUUUAAAUAUAAUUUUCCAUAAAAUACACAUAUAAGAAAUAAGUGUGUCAGGUAGCAAAAGAAAAAUAUACUGAAAAAAAAACAAAAGUCCUACAUAAUUCCUAGUCAACAUAAAUUCGACUACUUUCAAAGUACACUAAGUGUUAAGGGUAUACAAUGAUAAGAUUGAUAAGUAAGCGGUUACGUGACUAAUUUUAUUUAUUAAUGAAAUGAAUAAUUAUAAUAUAAGUUCUUUGUUUAUUGCACCACGUCAAGUCGCUGUGCUCCGUUGCUCUACUGAUAGACAUUCGGUUAUUCAUUUAGACGGCUUUAGGACCAAGGGUAGCUGGCUCCUAUUAAUUAGCAUAGGUAUUGUAUAUUUUAUAUAUGGGGUAUGUAAUCCAGAACUCGGCACAGGUUUUUUUAUAAUAAAUACCUACAUAGAUUAAAUGCUGGUAUUAUAAGUUGAAAUUGCUAGUCCUUCAUAUCUUAGUAUACAUUAUACCUAUUUGCACUAGGAUUAAUUCUGCAUCUGCAAUGACUUCCUAGUUUUCAGUGCAUAUAAUGCAGUUUUAAUACAUAUGAUACUAUCUAAGUAUCUCUGAUAUUGUCCUACUGCCGAUUUUGGAUUAAUGUGCCGUGUGUAACUAUAUGCAGGUAUAUUAAUGUAUAGACACAUAUGCCAUUAUAAGACGAAUGCCUUGCCUACGCCAAUUAAUAAUAAAGCUAACUUCGUCCUUGAACGAUAAUGUUUAAUCACUUAUCCAGUUGUCUUGUAGUAGGGCACUUAAAAUGUCUGUUUUGUUACAAUUUUCCGAAAUCAGAGGUAUCAAUUAUAUGAAUUGUUAACUGGGAAAAGUUGAAUUUUGCUAUUAUAAUAAUUAACUGUUAUCGAUAGCACUGUAGGACACAGCGGACACAAAUAUUUAGGUAUCAGUAUCAUUAAAAAGUCCUGCGCGAGACAUUAGACAUAUCUUAUAUUUCUAUUACAAUAAUAUGAAUGUAAUUAUGACCUGAGCUUGAUUUGAUUUACCUAUCAACAUCGUAUACCUUUUAUAUCUUAUUGAUUACAGUACCUACAAUCAUAAACAUAUAAUUAUGAUAUUUGUGGUCGCUUUGUUCGUACAAAUUAAUAUACUUAACGAUAAUCCGAGUAAGCCAACAGAGGCAUUUUAGUCUAAUUACUAUACUUGUAUUCUGAAUUGUUUCAUAUUUCCUAUUUGUGUUUUUGUUAUUAUUUGUUUAUCUUUAAAGGAAAAAUCUGAAAGUAACAGCCAAUUCACUAUAACAGUUAGCCCUGUGACGUAAACAGGUCACCAGUUGCAUCAUAUUUUAAUUUCUAGACACAUGUUUUAUAGGUUUACUCCUCUCGUGGUGAUAAUUAAUUGUGACUAACAUUCAAUGUAGUCUUUAAAAUUGCAACAAAUUUGAUGUGGUACUUAAUUUUUUUUGUAAAUAAAUACUUCUUUACAUCCUUUUUUAUUUUAUUUUGUUUUUUUUUUCAGAAACUUGCAUUUUCUAAGGAUUUUCGAGAUUAUAUUUUGCAGCAAAAUGUUUCUCAUAGUUGUUUUAACUCUACGUUUUACAAUGCUAAAAACGUAUUAUCCCAAAGUUCAAUGUCCCACGGCAAUCAGACGUUACUUUAUUAAAAAAGAAAAAAUAGUGUUAGUAAGUAUUUUUCUUCUUUGCCAGCAUCUUGCCACGGCUCAUGAGGGCCUUUGGCAACAAGUAAUAGGUAUGUACGUUUAGCAUACCUACUUGCGAGCGCAGCCCGGCGGCCAUUAUGUAACCUUGUGUUUGUGUGCCGGCACAUAAAACAUACUUUCUCCGUGUAACGAUCAGCUACUCACAUACAAGAGUCGGUAUACAGGGUGUCCCAGGCACCCCGUAUUCAUUUGAAUCUGACUGGUCGAAUAUUUUAUCCCAUACAUUUUAUUCAUAAGAAAAAUAGCGUCUGGCGGUCUCGGGAUCUUGCUGCUACAAGAAUUCCUUACUAUUACCUACUUGUUUUAUACACGAGCUUACAACUUAAAACACCAGGAAGGUAGCUGUACUGAACUUAACCUUCGAAUUUAUUAUUAUGUUGUCGAAUUGAUAUUAAUGUAUGUUAUUCCAGUGUGAAAUGGGAAUAGAUGUCCAAUUACGACUUAUUAAUGUUUAAUUACAUUUUGAAGACUGCGAUUUAUUUGAUAUUAAUAUUCAGGUAACCCUGUGUUAACAUAAGGUUUUAUAGUUAAUAAUUAUUCAAUUGUACACAAUUUAAUGUGAAGUCUCCUGUAUCUUUCGGUACUAUAUUGUAAUUUCUUGAUAUACUUAAGCUAUCUAAAACAAUGUCAAGGAUCGGUGUUUGCCCUGUGUGUCUUACCCUCUUUACUGUGAAUAAACAAGUUUCCUUAAACGAAA